AUGUUGAUAAUAACUCCAAAAGAAUAUCAAUUUAAUAUUAUUCGUGAAUUUGGAAAAGAGUAUAUUCGAUUAAGGUGUCCACAUGCACAAUUCACAGAAGCAAAGUCAUCAGAAUCUGAUUACGCAUUAACACAAGGAAGAUUAUCUUUACAACCACUAUCAAAAAAUUAUUUAAAUAAACCAAUUUAUAUUACAUGGGAAAAUGGUCAAAGUGAUAAUGUUAAUUAUUCAAUUCUUAGAUAUGGUUCAAGAUAUAAAGUGAACAAAGAACAGAUAGAAAACAUUAAUAAGCAUCAUUUAAUGGAAGAAGAAUUUUUAAAAUCAAUUAAUAGAACCACAGAAUCGAUUGAAAAUGAAGAAUUAAAAAACGAAUAUGGGUCAUUAGUUGAACCCAUAUAUUGUAGAGUUUCAGACAAAAAAGUGAACACUUUUAUAUUGAAAAGUUUUAUAAGUUUUCAUACACUUAGUCCUUAUUAUAAAACAAUUUUAAAUUGUAUCAAAUUAUUUGACUCAAAUGAAUAUCCAAUUCAAGUCAUACUUCCAGAAAAUGAAGGAGGAGAUGAAGGGUCUGAACAAUGGAUAGAAAAGAUAUUUGCACCACAUAAUGAUGUAAGAACAAUAGUUUCAGCAAGGACUUCAACAUGUACACAAGAAAUGUUACAAAAAGGGAUCGAUGGAGAUUUAUUAAAUGACCCUAAAACAUGCAAUAAAAGGGGAAAUUGUAUGAUCAAAAAGAACUUCAAAAAUAUAUAUUGCGUUAUUAAAUUAAACCUUUGGUAUAUAAAACCAAAAACAAUAAAAUAUGGAAAUGUUGAACAUAAAAUUACACAACCAUCAAUUAUGAAAUGGGAAACAAAGAAAUUAAUGAGUAAACCAAGAAAAUCAACAGAAAUAGUAGUUUAUGCAGAUUCAUAUUGUUAUUCUGCUUGUUCAGUAUUUACAAAAGGAUUAAAAGAAUGUGGAAGUGCUAUUCUUGUAGGAUUCAAUGGUGAUCCUAAUGGGGUCACGAAAUUAUGCAUUUUAUUCGUAUUCAUCAUUAUAUUAUUAUAA